UCAAAUGACCUUGCCAGUUUGUAAACAAUCCUUCGAUACAAUUUAUCAUAUUUCCUCGUUGUUAAUUUCACAAUUCAUUAAUAUCCUUUUCUGCAUUUGAGUGUCAAGAGUGUAGUGUCUUUGUGUAAAAUGAAUAUCGACUUCGAGACCAUGGCAGUUUUGGAAGAAGAAUCUCAAAAUGAGUCAGUGAGCGGUGGCGCGUACGGAUCAGCGGGCGCGGCGGGCGGCGGCGAGAGGCGCGAGAGCGGGAAACGCGGCCGCCGACCCGGCCGCAAGGCGCAGGCCGACAAGCAGGACAUGAAGGCCAAACUCGAACGUAGCCGCCAAUCGGCGCGGGAGUGUCGCGCGCGCAAGAAGCUCCGCUACCAGUACCUCGAGGAGUUGGUGGCGGACCGCGAGCGGGCCGUGCUGGCGCUCCGGAAGGAACUCGACAAGUAUUACAAAUGGAACAUGGACUUAGACCAGGGGAGGAUGCCUGAGGGUUUGGAGAGCAUGCUGCAGGAGAUAGGCGUGGUCAAGCAGGAAGAGACGAAGUCCUUCUAGUGCACCGUGAAGGUACAUCAACCCACACUCCACCAACAAAGUAGCAUCAACUUAGGAUACACCACCAUGAAGGUACAACUAGAAUCCACCAUAAACAUGGUACAACCAUAAAUAAAACACGGAUAUGAUAUCAUCAGUCUAGGAUCCUUCAACAAGGUACCAUCAAUAUGAAGAUACCAUCAACCCAUAAAAGACAACAUACAUCUAUGUUAAAUAAAAUGGUUUCUACCGUUUACCAAAUUCACUUUCACACGAAAAGAUUAAAAAAAAUAGUUUCGAAAAUAAUUGCAAAAAUAUUGAUAUGAUGUAACUUGGAAGCUUUGAAACGAAUAAAGUUAAAUAGAGAAAUAAAACCAAUAACUGAUGUAUGUAUAUGUCGCGGUCAACUAGUCUAAUUCAGCUUUUAAUUAACAGCCUAGGCUUUUUACUAAAUCGCUGUUCAACUAAUGGCCUGAAUAAUAUUCAACCGUAGCGUCUAAUAUAUUUAAUAAACUGGUUGAAGGUUAGGCUGUUGUUUUUCGACAAGUAAUAAGUAUCUUAUAAAAAAAAAAUUUGCUCGAGUCGGGCACAGGUAAUUUCACAUUUUGGUCACUACACUCUUCUUUUUUAUGUAAACGCAUUAAAACUGUGAGAAAUACCGACGAUACUGUUGCUUACCGCCGUCAUAUCGAAAGCGGCAGAAAGUGGAACUAAGUUUAAAUGACUUCACUAGGCAAUUAGUUAAACGUUAUCUCCCCCCAUCUCCCUAGCGUUAUUCCGCUUUCACAGGGUCCGCUUACCUAACCUGUAUAUUUGAUAGGUCCGGUUUUUUACAAAAGCGACUGCCUGUUUGACCUUCCAACCCGCGAAGGGAAAACCAGCCCAAUACAGGUUAGGUCACAUACCUCCGAAACGCAUUUCUCGAGUAUGUGGGUUUCUUCACGAUGUUUGUUUGUUUAUUUAAACGAAAUCUAAGUCGUAUACCUGGCCGUUUCGUUUGAUUAAAUUCCUAAUUAUUAUUCAGGCCGUUAGUUAAACGAAUAAACUAGUUGGAUGCAUUUUGACACCUUUUGGACGCACAAGAAAAAUGGUAGACAACCAAAACUGACGAAAAACUGAAAUUCCUUUUUGGUUCGAUAACUAUAUUGUGUUUAUUGAAAUAUGACGUCGUUUAACUCUACAGUUUUGAGUGUAAUAAAGCAAUUUUACUGGAGAACAUACAAUCCAAAAUACUUAUUUUAUUAAAUAUUUAUGACAGUAAGGAAAUUUUAGGAAGAACAAUCAAAAGAGCACGUUGAAAAAAAAAUAACAGCUGUAAAAAAACAGCAAUUUCAAUAUAAGAUAUUUAAAGAUUUCAAGUAUUUAAUAAGGAGUCUUUAAGACUCAAAGUAAAUAGGUAAGCUGCAAAAAUUAACUGCUGUAAAACGACCAUAUGAUAUGAGUUACCUUUUUAUUACGGUACUUGAUUUUCUAAAGAACUAAAUAGUUGAAAAAUUUGAAUAAAUUAAAAAAAACACCUGUAUAAAAACUAAAAAAAUUAAGUACACAAACAACAUUCUUCCACGAUUGGCAUAAUUCUUCUCUUGACUAAUUUUUACAUUACAAUACAACUAUGAACUUUAUAUUUCUAACUUUUUAAAACGUAAUUAUUAGGAAUUAUAUCUUUCUGCGUAAAUUAAACACCAUAUACAAAGUGUUAGUGACAUCGCACCGAAUAUUGACGAUUAUGAUUCAGCAAAGAAACAAACAUUUUCAUGAGUUUUGCGACAAAAAAAUCCACUUGAUAUUAAAUCAGAUUCAUGAGCUGAAUCAUCCCCCUCAGUAUUCGGUACCAUUUCACUAACGCCCUGAAUAAGUAGGCUACCGAUCACUGCAAGGCACUUUACCCAUAAUACACAUUAGCUUCUAUUCUAUAAUUCUCCAUCCAUUAAACAGCCAACAUUCGGUAUUUCUAUUAAUGAGACAUCGUUUAUAUUAUAUUUCUUAUCCUAGGCUAUUAUAUUUUGUAUUUAAAAUAAAUAUUCACAUGUAUAAUAAUAUUGUGUAACUUUUUAAUGAAUAUACAAUUUAGGGUUAGAUAAUAUAUAUUUUAUAAAAACGGUCCCCGAUUAUUGUCGAACGCGAAGAAUAAGGUAGACUGUACAUAAAGGUAGUAAUUUUAUUAUAUUUAAAGCAAAAAUAGCUUAUUUCGUAGAUGUAAAUAUUAUACUUGUCAGACUUUUUAUUUGCAUAUAUGAGCUUUUCUAAGUCUUAAUUUCUUAAUAUUAAAAUAUUAGUAAGGUAAGACGUUUUAUUAUAUAUUUAAAUUAAGUAAGUACCUAUUUUUAUAAAAUAUACUUUAAGAUAAUAAGGACAUGACAAUUUUGACAUGUAUUUUGUAUUUAAAUAAAAAAUAUCGAAUGUGGAGAUAUAAAGGAAAUAAAUAAAGCUUUUUAAGUAAAUUAGUAUUUGCUUAAUUGUUUACGAUCGGGGCGCAGUAUUGUUACGAUACAGAUUUUUACGAUACGAAUUUUCCUACGAAAUCAACAAAGACGUUUAUUUAAAAAAUCUGACUAAAAUUGACCUGAUAUAAAUUAAUAUGUACAACAAAAGUGACCUGUACUUUUCCAAGAAGACUAUGUAAAAUAGAGUAAAAGUCAUACCAAGGGUCGAUUCGCCAAUUUGACCUUAAAGCGGUGAGGCUAGAGUGAAUAUUAAUUUUACGACUCACGUCACUUAUUAUCAGGUAAGACAGAUUUAGAAUAGGCUAAAAUGCGCAUGUGGGGUGAUCUACCUAAGUACCCUAGAUAUAGAUAACAUAGUUGUACAACGACUUAUGUCAACUGCAAAUUAACCUAGAUCGUCUAACCUGAUGAAAAGUGACAAUAAGGCCUUAUAGGGAACAGUCGCGUAUUAAACACGUUCACUGUGUAUGAACCACAUGUGAGACAAUAAAAUUGAAAUUCAUACGUGCUUGUCCCAUACGUGGUGCACUAGGAAAAUGGGAAAAUCCGAUGUGAGGCUUUUCAGAUUGGUUUUUCUUGCCAUAGUGUGUCUGUGUACACAAAUUCCAAUGUGUUUAACGAAAAAUAAUAUUGCACGUGAGGAGUUGAUAUCUAAUUUUCAGUUAUACAGUGAACGUGUUAAAAUUACCAUACGCUCUAGCUUUAUGCAAUAAAUAGAUAGAGCACAAUGGACCAUCUAUGAGUCUAAAAUGUCUAAAUGCGGAAAAUAGAGCCCAAACCACAUCAGGUACCAUAUGAGGUCUAGGCGAAUGCAAAGUUCUACAGUCGAAAGUCAGGGUCUAUUUUAAGUGUUUAUGCCAGGUUAAAAAAAAGAUAUCUGAAGUCCCAAAAGCCAAAAGAAAAAUAAAAAUAAAAUGUUGCUAGCGUAAAAAUAUUAUCUGUAUCGUAUCAAAUGGCCCCCAAAAUUCGAUGUUUGAAUUUGUAUAGUAGUGCCACGUAACGUAAUUAAGGUUUCUUUUUUUUAAAUGAAAGGUAGGACAAAACUGUUAGUAUUUUUGGUGUCGUAAAAACGUUGAUAAGUCUUUUAAUGGUUUUAUAAACAUGUACAAGCUUUCAGAUAUAACGAGAAAAUACUUGAAACUGGAACUGAAUCGAUAUGGUCACAGUAUUGUUUAGCUGUCAUCUAGAAAUUCGGGCCAUAAUAGGCUACAUAAAAAAUAAUAAUAUUGAAAUUGACAUAGACACUGAUAACACACGAAUGCGUCGAGUCCUUUAAACGAAGACUUGUCUCAAAGAACUUAAUUCCAGGCCAUAUCUUUAAAAAUAUAAAACACCUUAAAAAAAACAACAAGUAAACCAAUGAAGUCUUAUGUAUUUUAUAUCGUUUUUUUAAAGUAAUAAUUUUCAGUCACAAAAUAAAAAAAAAAUAUAACCCCGAAUGCUAUCAGUUUUGUCUCUAUCUUUGCUUAUUAAGGUUUCAUUAAAAGCAUAUCAAUAGGUCGUCCUAGAUGGCUACUCGUCAACUGAGUGAUAAUAUGAUUAAAUCAUAUUUAGCGUUAUUUUGUAAGCUUAUUUGAAAUGGCUUGAAAAUCUUACAUUAAUGUAAUACACCAAAACCAGAAAUCAUUUAUUUUAUAUGUGGGAUCAUUAAAUAUCACUCUAAAAUUCUAUUUAAGUUUCAUCUUACAACACUAAUCUACCACGACUUUGAAGCGUGUUAUGGCUGAGGAAAACAUGCGUAAUAUCAAAAAUACAUAAAAUAAUUUGUUAGUAAUCUACUGGCGUUAUUCAAGUAUGUCAGUCACAAAAGGUGUCAGGCUUAUAUUGAGCCGCCAAAUGCCUCUGUCAAGGCUCAUAAUAACGACUACAGACCCCAGGGUUGAUGGGGUUGGUAAUCACCCUCACAACCCACACGAUAGAAGAAGAGAAAACGACUACAGACUUACUUAAGUAAAUAGCACCCUGGACCGACUACACGCAUGAAUAAAGUAUAUAUAACAUGUAAGCAAUAAAACUUCAUAUAAGUACGAAUGGCGCAAAAAUGAAGAACUUUCCAGGCUAUGUUCACCAAAAAAAAAAAAAAUAGAUAGCGCUGUCUGUGCGAUUUUUAUAAUGGCUUGCUGAAAGAUGGAAACCAAUGUUCAGAACAGAACACAGCGCAGCAUAAUAACUAUAGUGAUUCAAAUAUAAGCCGAUUGUUCCAAAAAAUGGAUCUAUAAAUCGAUAAUGCAGUGAUGUUAUAUAGAUAGAUUUAGAGUCAACAUGAUCGGACAGAGGGUAUUGGUACCGCCAUUUUUUGUCGAUUUAUAUUUGUUGAACUAUUGCCGCUAUAGACUUGUCAGCAAACUGUCGCUAGAUGUUACUGUUCUCUGUACUAAAAGGGUUAGAUAAAUACAGCCCGCAAGCCAAUCCAACCGUGUCACAUUAACUUUUUUGACAAAUUGAACUGAAGUAUUUUGAAGUGUCAUACAUAUGUUAGUAAGACAGGGUUCUAAAUUAUAUUGCUCAUGACUUUAUAUCCUUAUAGUUUUGUAACUAACGUUAAUACAUUAGUUGGUACAAUUCUUGUAAUAAGUUAGAAUAAACAAAAGAUUUUCAAGUCACUUCAGAUUUCAUACCACUUGGUCUCUUGUUAGCGUGUUUUCGAACUAAGUAUAAUAGUUUUUUUUUAUUUAUAUUAAUCUUUUGUUUCUAGGGUAAAAUGUAGUGUUAAUGGAUUGACGACGCGGACUAAAGUAGUAUAUAUAUGUAUAUAUAAGAUACACUCAUAUAGGUUACAUUGUUAGGUUACUUUAAAAGUCGAAGUACGUAUGGACCGAAAACUAGUAGAUUCAACAUAGAUUUUUUUAAAGCCCAGACCUUUUAUGAUGUUGUAAAUAUAUAUAAAACAUAAAUAGGCUCUGGGGUGUAUAUUUUUGCUUAUGUUUAGUUUUCUAUGUACGUCAAAUAAUUAAAACCGUUACCGUUGACACGUGAUUUCGUAGCAUCACUAAACUAUCGACUACCACUCAUUUAUAAAGGUUUAAAAUAAAAAAAAAAUAAAAACGGUUCUUGAUAUGAAAUAUUCUCUGGGUUUUGAAAAUGUUUGUGCCAAUUUUCAACCGAAUCGUUCCACUGCACUGGUUUGAGCGGGAGUAACAGAGACAGUUACUAUUGCAUUUAUAUUGUUACUACCGAGUAAAAUAUGUAGUAUACAAGCGAGAAAACA